AUGGACAGGACAUCGGUGCAGAGUCUGCUGGGGCAUUAUGGCCGGGAGUUUGGCAUUGCGCCGGCCCGGCGAUCGCGACGCUCUCCCCUGACCGGGAUGGGCCCGGGGCAUGCGGUCUUCGAGGAUCUGAUGGACCUGGUCCGGCGGGAUCCGCCGGUGCCGCUGUCGCUGCUGCCGCGACUGCUGUGCUUGCCGGCGAAGCAAGUGAGACAACUGCUGAAGCGGCAUGCGCCGGAGAUCUUGGCCGUGCCGGAGUGGGAGCAGGGCAUCUGCAUCGGCCGGCUGGGGCACCUGCUGACCGUGGAUCCCCCCCUGUCGAGGAGGACAUUGGCGUUGCUCCUUUCGACUGACAUGCCAUUGGUGGGUAAGGUCAUUGACAAGCACUUCCCGGAGCAUGGAGAUGUGACGAGAUGGAAGCCCUGCGAGGGGUAUUGGUGGCAGGGCUGCAGCAGUCGCCGGUGCCCUCGCUGGCGAUGCUCCAAAAAUCGAUCGGUGUGA